AUGGUAAAGUGUGCAAAAUGCUCCAAGCGAUAUCAUCCUGUGUGUGUCAAUUUGGAUACACCCAGGCAAGUUGCGGCAGUUGAAUCAUAUCCAUGGUCUUGCCCAGAUUGUAAAGUAUGCUGUAUUUGCAAGGAAGCCGGUGAUGAGGCUAAGCUGAUGAUAUGCGAUGGCUGUGACCGAGGAUGGCACACAACCUGGUAA